AAAGGAAUUGUCACUUUCUUCUGGAUCCUUGGAGCUGAAAGUUUACGGUUACAACAAGCCGAGUGCCGUGGUGAGCUGCCUGCAGAGCCGACUGCAGACCCGCCCACAUGGUUUCACUCAAGUUCAGCCUGCUGGCCUUGCUGGCCAUUGGACUCAUAGCAUCAGAAGAAGCACAAGCACGAAAAUGCAAUGGAGGCAAAGAUGGAAAAGGAGGAGGGGAUGACAGUGGCAGUGACAGUGACAGUGGCAGUGACAGUGACAGUGGCAGUGACAGUGACGAGAGUUUAAAAAAAGUACUGCAUCCCCGCGGGGUAUAUCCCUUCUCUCCAGGACAACUGUAUCCACCCCCACCACAUGGAUGUCCUUCAAGAGCAGCCAUAAACCUCUUAUCUGCAAUCCUGUCACAUUUCAAAGCAUCGCCACAUCCUGGACAAACCCAAAUACCUGCACCACCUUCACACCCCGAAAGUCUUCAUAUACACAUAUCGCAGCUUGAAUAUCCUCUGCCACCUGGUCCCUCACCUUUAGGACCUCUGUGGCCUGGACUUCCCGCACCGCCUGUAGAACCUCUGCCACCUGUAGUACCUCUGCCACCUGCACCUCCUGUACCACCUGUAGUACCUCUGCCACCUGUAGUACCUCUGCCACCUGUAGUACCUCUUCCACCUGCACCUCCCGCACCACCUGUGAUGCCACCACCACCUCCACCUCCUGCACCACCCGUGAUGCCACCGCCACCUCCUGCACCACCUGUAGUGCCACCACCACCUCCACCUCCCUCACCACCUAUAGUACCUCCGCCACCUCCACCUCCCUCACCACCUGUAGUACCUGAACCACCUGUAACUCCCUCAAAACCUCAAGUACCUACAGAAUCUAAACCUCCCAGCAAACCGCCCACAACACCUAAAGGUCCCAGCAAACCGCCCACAACACCUAAAGGUCCCAGCAAACCGCCCACAACACCUAAAGGUCCCAGCAAACUCCCCACAACACCUAAAGGUCCCAGCAAACCGCCCACAACACCUAAAGGUCCCAGCAAACCGCCCACAACACCUAAAGGUCCCAGCAAACCGCCCACAACACCUAAAGGUCCCAGCAAACUCCCCACAACACCUAAAGGUCCCAGCAAACUCCCCACAACACCUAAAGGUCCCAGCAUAUCUAAAAAGCCUACAAGUUCUAAAAUGUCUAAAGUUUCUAAAAAGUGUAAAAGUCUUAAAAAGUGUAAACAUACUAAAAAGUCUAGACGUCCCAGCAGUGUCAAAAAACCUACACGGCCUGGCAAACACUCUGGCAUCGGCAAAUGUUGUUGCAAAGGUAAACGCUGUUGCAAAGGCAAGCGAAACUGCAAAAGGAAGUGUUGCUGCUGCAAAGGACAAUCUUGCUGCAAGUCACUGGUGAUCUGUGAGGGACGGAGCGGGAAGUUAAGAUGCCCUAAGGGGACAACAAUCCAGCUGCGGUCCGCCACGUAUGGUCGACAAAGUAGAGGUGUUUGCGCAGCAAAAAAGCUGAAGAGACACCUACAAAGCUUGACCUGCAGAAAAGAUAUCACCAACGUUGUGACCAAAAGAUGUAACAAGAAGUCCGAAUGUGUUAUCAAGGCAUCCAAUGCAUUGGCGGGAGACCCCUGUCCACUCACCAAGAAAUACCUGUCUGUUGGUUACCAGUGUGUCUAAGGGAACCAGUCCUGUCGCUUAAAUGGGAAGAAGGGUUUGGCCUAAUUGUAUGAAUCUCUCUAUCAUCGUGUCCCAACUUUACUCAACAACUAAUUUGAACUGAUAAUAGUUCAAAUUAGUUAAAAAAAAACUGACUAAAUAAAGUGUAGUUUAAAAGAACUUUGUUGGGGACUAAAAUUAUCAAAUUUUGGGGUGUGGUUGUUGGACACUGUUCUGUCACUAGGCAACAGUAAAACAAAAUUAAAAUAAUUGUGGUGCUCCAGAUCAUUCACUACAAAAACAGUAAUGACUAAAUACACUGGAGUAAAUUUUGGUAGUAACAUUAAAAAGUAAUAAAAAGACAAAAACAAACCACAGCGGUUAACAUGGAGUCCCACAGGGUUCCAUUCUGGGGUCACUUACUUAUGAUUAUAUUAUUAACUCGCUUUGGCUUUUAAAUUUAAAAUUGGCAGUCUGUCAUGUUUAUCGCUUAAUAACUGCAGAAUUAAUACUCACACAUGACUACAUCAUAUCAAACUGGGACAUGGUGUCAAUGAUCUGUUCUUUAUUUCUUUCUAAAACAUGGAGAAGCAGCCGAACCAUCAGCAACAAACCAGAAUCAAAGAUAUGUGAUUAAAGACAAUUUAAUAUAUAUUAUCAUUAUAAUUACACUCAUUACUAUUGUUGUAGUAAUAACUAUUAUAAUUAUUGUGGGUGGAAGUGUUAUGUGUUUAUAAAUAUAUAUAUAUAUAAAUAGUUUAUUAUAUAGGUAUCCUGAGUUAUGUGCUGUGAGGUAGCCUGCUGAAGGACUUAAGUUAUUGCUCUUUUUUUUUCUUUCACUCUAAGGGAUGGGCUUGAAAUUAACUUUAUGGAUCAAAAAUGGCUACUGAUUUCUAAAAUGACCAGCCACUCUGAAUUCUCUGCAGUCAAAAUUUUAAAUAAACCAAAAAUCACAGGUAAAAUUUAAAAGAAUUCAGAGGAUUGUGGCUUAAGUCCAAUUCAGUAGGGUGCUGUGAUAUUUACAAUCUCACUAACACCCCCAAAUGUAAACAAGUUUGUACCCACAUUUACUAUGGUUACUGUGCGUUAAUUUCAAGCCCUGCUGGUGUCUGUUGUCUUAAUAAGAAGUAAUAAAAUUCAAAUUGGUGUUUGAAAAAUAAAGAAUCAUCUCAUUGGA